CAUCUCUCAGUUAAACCAAAAGCGGUGGCAACAUCUGAUCUUCCAGCUGCGGUCUGCAACGCGCAUUGAAGCCAGCUUGUUCUCGGAGCCUUGAAUUAUCUGUUCCUAGCGAGUCAUGUUUAGGGUUUAUUCAGACAAGACUCUCCAAUCGCGAUUUUAGGGUUUCAUCAGAUUUCUAGCUGGUCUGGUCACCCGAACUAAAGAACCAUGUCGAAGAGAAAGUUCGGAUUCAAUGGAUUUGCUAUUAAUCGACCGGAAACAUACAGCUUCGAGCGAGCGGAAGCUCCCCAGCGCCUCUACGUGCCGCCGUCAUCCCGCUCCGGUGGUGGUCACGACAAUUACGAAGAUACCGACCUGGACAACAUCGGUUACGAUGAUGGGGACGGAGGCGAUGCUAAGGAAGACAGCGACGGAGGUGGUGGCCCAGACGAAGAUGAAAUCGACCCACUAGAUGCCUUUAUGCAAGGGAUUCAAGAAGAAGUGAGGGCAGCGCCACCUCCAAGGCCCAAGGAGAAGUUGGACAAGUAUAAAGACGAUAUAGAUGAUGAUCCAAUGGAUAGCUUUUUGAAGGCUAAGAAGGAUGUUGGGUUGCAACUUGCUGCGGAUGCUUUAAAUGCUGGAUACAACUCAGAUGAGGAGGUUUAUGCUGCGGCUAAGGCUGUGGAUGCUGGUCUGGUAGAGUAUGAUUCCGAUGAUAAUCCUAUAAUUAUUGACAAGAAAAAGAUUGAACCUAUUCCCGCUCUGGAUCAUAGCUCAAUUGACUAUGAGCCCUUCAACAAGGACUUUUAUGAGGAAGACCCCUCUAUUUCAGGCAUGAGUGAGCAGGAGGUUAUCGAAUAUAGGAAUAGCUUGGCUAUUCGUGUCUCGGGUUUUGAUGUCCCUAGACCUGUAAAGAUAUUCAAGCAUUGUGGGUUUUCUGCUGAGCUUGAGAAAGCAAUUUCGAAACAAGCAUAUGAAAAACCUACUCCAAUACAGUGCCAAGCUUUACCAAUUGCCCUUUCUGGGAGGGAUAUCAUUGGCAUUGCCAAGACCGGUUCUGGCAAGACUGCUGCAUUCGUGCUCCCAAUGGUUGUGCAUAUUAUGGAUCAAGCUGAAGUGGGGAAAGAUGAAGGCCCUAUUGGAGUAAUAUGUGCACCCACCAGGGAACUAGCACAUCAAAUAUAUGUGGAGGCAAAGAAAUUUGCAAAGUCUCAUGGCGUUAGAGUUGCUGCUGUUUAUGGUGGAAUGUCUAAGCUGGAACAGUUUAAGGAAUUAAAGGCUGGAUGUGAGGUGGUUGUUGCUACUCCCGGGAGAUUAAUUGAUAUGAUUAAAAUGAAGGCUGUGACAAUGUUGAGGGCGACUUAUCUAGUGCUUGAUGAGGCUGACCGAAUGUUUGACCUUGGCUUUGAGCCACAGAUAAGGUCAAUUGUUGGUCAAAUCAGGCCAGACCGUCAAACUUUGCUAUUUUCAGCAACUAUGCCACGCAAAGUUGAAAAGCUAGCGAGGGAAAUUCUUUCUGAUCCUGUACGAGUCACAGUCGGCGAGAUUGGGAUGGCAAACGAAGAUAUCACACAAAUGGUUCAAGUAUUGCAUUCUGAUGCUGAAAAGUUGCCUUGGCUUUUUGAGAAGCUUCCUGGACUGAUUGAUGAUGGUGACGUUCUUGUGUUUGCUUCCAAAAAAGCUACAGUGGAUGAUAUAGAAUCACAACUGUCUGAAAGGGGGUUUAAAGUCACAGCUCUUCAUGGUGACAAGGAUCAGUCAUCUCGUAUGGAGAUACUGCAGAAAUUUAAAGCUGGAACAUAUCAUGUGCUUAUUGCUACUGAUGUUGCUGCCCGUGGUCUUGACAUCAAGUCAAUUAAGUCAGUGGUAAAUUUUGAUGUUGCUAAAGACAUGGAUAUGCACGUGCAUAGAAUUGGGAGAACAGGCCGUGCUGGUGACAAAGAUGGGACUGCCUACACUCUUAUCACCCAAAAAGAGGCACGGUUUGCGGGAGAGCUAGUCAACAGUUUGAUUACCGCCGGUCAAAAUGUGUCUGAUGAACUCAUGGACCUAGCAAUGAAGGAUGGAAGAUUUCGUUCCAAACGUGAUGCACGGAAAGGAGGUGGAAGGAAGGGGAAAGGAAAAGGUGGGAGUGGUCGAGGUGUGCGUGGUGUGGAUUUUGGCCUGGGCAUUGGAUACAAUGCAGAAGCAAGUAAUGCUCCUCCCACUGCUUCUAGCCGUACUGCCGCAGUCAAUUCCCUUAGGACCGGAAUGAUGGCACAGUUCAAGAGCAAUUUUGUUGCUGCCUCGUCCUCAAAUACCCAAAGCCAGGCAUUAUCAAGUAACAGUUCUUCGGGAAUGAACCCUAACAAGAGAAUGGCUCUGGCCGGGUUUGUGUCUGGGGGUACUAUUGGCGGAGAUGCAAACCCUUCUCGGACUGGUUCUGCCACGUCGUCAUCAUCUGCCAUUGGGAAUCAGAAAUCAAGGGAGGACGCUACUAACCAGUCGAGCUCAGGAAGCUCAAGAGAUAGACAGAGAGAAAGGAGGAGGCCUUCUGGUUGGGACAAUUGAUUUGUUUUGUUUUUUGAAUACUGCUCUGUUAAUUUCAGCAGGCUCAUUCACAUACAACUCAAACUGGAUGAUUGAGAUGACCAGACUCAGUUUGUGUAGGUGUGACCCCUCCUCCUCCUCCUCCGGUCCUCCCCCCUCGAUCAUUGUCUGUAAUGAUAUUUGGUUCUUCUCUGGCUUGGUUCAUGUGGCCUCUUUAGUGUGUGUGGGUGGGUUGGGGUCAUUCAUUUUUAUUGAACUGUAAAGAUGUGUACUAUCUCAGUCUAUCACAAACUUGCUUAGUUCAACAUCCUUCUCCCAAAAUCUGAAUUCAAAUUGUUUUUUGAGUUAUUCUAUUAUACUGUACAACUAACUAUUCAUCAUCAUAUCAUAGUGACAAAUGUAAACAUGCUCUCAUUACUGAAACAAAAUUGCUCAUUAGAU